UAAAUUAAUAAAAUAGCAGAAAGGUACAUUAAGAGUAACCGUUUCUAAACAUAUGUUUCCACAUAAACAAGACAAGAUGAUAAGAAAUGAACUUUGCAAUUCAUUGUUCAAUGCUUACCACCCACAACAUAUUUUAUUAAAAGCGAUUUUGUAGACUUACGAAGUUGAUGAAAAUUGCAAGAUUUUGUCUUUAAAAAAAUCAUGUGCUUUUCAAGUGAAGUAUGGCUGUGUGGUUUAGGAAUUAUGGUUUCGAUUUUACUGAGAUGCUGCACAUCAUUACACCCUUAUUCUGGUCAAAACAAUCCUCCUAUGUAUGGAGAUUAUGAAGCUCAAAGACAUUGGAUGGAGAUAACAGUCAACCUACCAACAAAACAGUGGUACUAUAACACCACAGACAAUGAUUUAAUGUAUUGGGGUUUAGAUUAUCCUCCUUUAACAGCAUACCAUAGUUAUAUUUGUGGCAUUAUAGCCAAAAUGAUAAAUGAAAAUUUUGUUACACUGCAUAAAUCGAGAGGUUUUGAAAAUGAGGACCAUAAGCUGUUUAUGCGUUUCACAGUACUUAUAGCAGAUUUGUUGGUCUUCAUUCCAUCUGUUGUUGCAUAUUUUGUAGUUACUAGAGGACUGUAUAGAAGUGAUACCAAAAUAACUGUAGGAAAAGUUAAAAUAACAAAUGUGCAACAAAGUGAAAGUACAAUACUGCCAUAUCUGUCUAUUAUCCUGACUUUAUUAUAUCCUGGACUCAUACUAAUUGACCAUGGACAUUUUCAGUACAAUUGUGUAUCUCUAGGAUUUUUAGUGUUUGCUGUAUCAUUUUUGUGCAAAGGAAAAAUUUUGUUCGCCUCAUUUUUCUUUGUCCUUUCAUUGAACUACAAACAAAUGGAGCUGUAUCAUGCGAUACCAUUCUUUAUUUACAUGCUAAGUAUCUCCAUUCCUAAUCCUGGCUAUUCUUAUUAUACUAGUAUCGUAAAGUUGCUGAAGAUUGGCUCUGUUGUUGUAAUAACAUUUGCUGUGAUUUGGCUUCCAUUUUUGCAUUCCACAAAAGACUUCUUACAAGUUGUGCAUCGCUUGUUCCCACUAGCAAGAGGUGUUUUUGAAGAUAAAGUGGGAAAUGUGUGGUGUACUAUGAAUACAGUUUAUAAAUUCAAGGAAAACUUUACAAAUAAUCAAAUGGUGAGAUACUGUGCUGUUGCAACUUUAGCAGCAAUAGUUCCUUCUGCUGCUGACCUAUUUUUGAGACCAAAUAUUGAGAAAUUUGUACCUUCAUUAAUAAACUCAUCUUUGGCAUUUUUCUUGUUUAGUUUUCAAGUUCAUGAAAAAAGUAUUUUACUUGCUGCCAUACCAGUUUUAUUAUAUUUACCUGUAAAACCAAUUCCUUGCUUUUGGUUCACUGUUAUUUCUACAUUCAGUAUGUUCCCUUUGUUAAUGAAAGAUAGACUUGUAAUUGCAUUUAUUGGACUUACAAUUUUUUAUGUAGCAUCCUUUUAUUCAGUGAUAGAAUAUUCGUUAAGAGAACCAAAAGCAAAAAAGACAAAACAGACGUUUUAUAGAAGAUUUCUCAAUGUACUUUUAAGUGUAGAGUAUGGACGGGCAAAUAAUGAGGAUAUCUUCAAAUUAACCAUUAAAGAAAUUGUUAAAAAUAGACAUUAUCUGUUAAGUUUAUUUGAAUAUGUUUGUGUAUUAAGUUCACUGGUCGGAAGUGGAAUAUUGUCAGCAUGUAUGCUUAUUUUUGAACCACCUGUUAGAUAUCCUGACCUUUUCCCAGUACUGAUUUCCAUUUACUCUUGUAUACAUUUUCUUGGUUUCUUUGUUUAUUUUAAUAUUAUUCAAUUUAAAAUUCCUCAGUAUAACAGUGCUAUUAAAGUAAAAAUUUCCUGA